GAGCUCGAGUGGAGCACGGUGACCUGCCGAUACUCGGAGAUUUUUUGCUGUAUAUAAGUUUUGCAGACACAGGGAUCCUUUUGAUAUUACUGUUGAUUUUGGACUUUCGUAGAGUUGCUCAGAGAUCUCGACGUGCUGAUUUUCUGGCAAUGCCACGAGCCCGUGGUCGCGGUUGGGGCAGUAGCCGUGCCCGUAGUCGCAGUCGUGGUCGCGACAGUGGUAGUGGUCGCGGUCGUGGUCGUGCAUGUCAGCGUGCCACUACUACUGAUCUUGGUUUGGAUGAGGCUCCUAUCUCCCCAUCUGAGUUGAUACCGGGAGCUCAGGUUGGUCCCAGUAUUGGAGUCGGUGGUCAGACUGAGGGACAACCUCAUCUUGUUGCAGCUCAGGUAGCCGUACCAGCCAUUCCUACAGCAUCGUUUAUUAUGGAAAAGGCCCGUAUUCCUUUGCUUGCUAGUUCAGCAAAGGAUCGUUUUACGCUGUUCCAUGGAGGCACCGAUCCUUGGGUGGCGCGUACAUGGUUGGAGGAUAUUGAGGGCACUUUUGGGUACAUGUCCUGUUCAGACACAGAGAAGGUAGAGCUAGCCGCUUAUCAUUUUCGAGGGCAAGCAUCCACAUGGUGGAAGAUGCAAAAGACAGUCUUUGGGGAUCAGAUUAUCUCUUGGCAGUCUUUUCGAGAGGCGUUCGAGAGAUAG